AUGGCCGCCGUGGAUACUCAUGCUUCCUCCAAGAACAUGGACGACAUCAUAGCGGCCCAGCAGCAGGUGGUUAAAGACAUCUUGCCAGUCGGUGUCAGCCACGGCGUCUUGAUCCCUUUGAAGACCACACUGGAGCUUCGUGACGACCACCGCUGUGUCAACGUGGUCAUCACGCGAGUUCCUGUCAAGAGCGCCAAUGCCGUCAUUACCUUGCUUCGCAAUCUCCUGCCUGAGGCUAUUGCUAAAGGCAUGCCUCAUUUGCGUCGAUGUGCGAAGCCCGUUGACCUACCUGCCCACCUGAAGCUUCAAUUCAUGCACGACGAUGCCAGCAGCCGACAAAUACACACAGGAAAAUCGCAAUGGAUCUACAUCAUCGUCGGACCCGCAGCCAAUUUAUCCAAACAAGAGCUGCUCAACGGUUUGUGCUCGGUCGAGGGACUUGUUGAUGCCAAUGGGUCAGCCCGUGGCCCGUGGCUCUCUACUAUUCCAGUCCCCUCUCUGGCCCCAACAUCCCAGAUCCAGGCUGCGAUGUGGUCUGAGCAAUAUUGGCCUUGUGUGUACCGAAAGAACAACCCGCUUGGUCCCCACCCUAGCAUGGUGACCCGGUACACGGACGAGAUCAGACCAGAUGCGUCCAUCUGGGUGGGCUUGGCACACCAAGUCGCCGAGAAGGGCAAGGAGGCUGGUUAUGGUGAGCCCAUGGGCGCUUGCAUCGUUCAUCGUGGUCCAGAUGGCUGCCGCAUCGUGGCUCUAGCAGCCGACGCUCGGUGGCACAAGCAAGCGAAGACAUGCAGCACCGGCAACCCGAUGGCCCAUUCAGUUAUGCGGGCAAUCAGCAUGGUCGCUCAGAAGCUCGUCCGGGCAGAACAGAGGGAGGGCGGAGGGCCCGAGCCGAUAUUGGAGUUCGAGGCAUUCCAGGACAAGCCUCUGCUCGAUGAGGAGCAGAAGGUCUUUAAGGAGGAUCACCCAACGCCGGAUGGAUACCUCUGCCACGACCUUGAGCUUUACGUUACCCAUGAGCCCUGUGUGAUGUGCUCCAUGGCGAUUCUGCACUCGCGCAUGGGCAAGGUCGUGUUCAGCGAGCGAAUGACUUUGACGGGCGGCAUGACAUCGGAGUCCAUGCUUGACCUACGCAAAGUUGCAACCGGAGCACUAGCAACCAUGGAGGGAGAUGAUGAGCGAAAGGAACCUCGUGGAUGGGGCUCGUCAUCGCCUUAA